GUCUCACCUUCCCAAGGAACAGAAGGUACAACUGCACAGUCAACACACACCACAACUGAAACAGGAACAUCGCCUGAUCAGCACACAACUUUGCCAGAAUCGACAAGUCCAGCGGAAACAACUCCCACCGCCACACAAAUACCAUCGACUAGCACAGAGACGAUAACGAGUCCAACUCUUUCUAGUCAGACAACAGUGCUCUCUGAGAUUACAAGUGCGUCUGUAAUUAGCACUACUGCGUCGUCAACACUGAGUGAUGCAUCAACAAUCACUUCUGAAGCAGGCACAUCUCCUGAAGAAUCCACAGCUACUCCAACUGGAUUUACAACAGGAACUUCAGAAGAUACACUUUCAACAUCCGGAGUGACAAUGACGCCAGAAACAACCAAAAACACUUUCCAGUCAACUACACCCAUGUCCUCAAGUUCAACCGAAUCUGGAACCACUGCCUCGCCGGAAACAAGUUCCUCACAUUCUUCUACGUUUACCAGUGAGCCUGCUACUACAAAUGAACAAACUUCAGCAGUAUCAGAAGGGCAAACAUCAAGCACUACUAUUGGCGUCUCACCUUCCCAAGGAACAGAAGGUACAACUGCACAGUCAACACACACCACAACUGAAACAGGAACAUCGCCUGAUCAGCACACAACUUUGCCAGAAUCGACAAGUCCAGCGGAAACAACUCCCACCGCCACACAAAUACCAUCGACUAGCACAGAGACGAUAACGAGUCCAACUCUUUCUAGUCAGACAACAGUGCUCUCUGAGAUUACAAGUGCAAACCAUUGAGGUAUCAACAGAUGUCACUGUUAAACUGAAUAAAACCUUCAAAGAAGAAUACAGAGACCCUUCAACGCAGGAAUACCAACAUUUUGUGAACAAUUUCACUAACACUAUGAUCCUAAUAUACAAAAUGAAUGUAAACAAUUUUACUGGCAUAAAGAUCAUAGACAUCAGAAAGGGCAGUGUUGUGGUGGAGCAUGAGGUUCUACUGCGCAUAGAGAAUGGAAAGAACCUAAAUAAUGACAUUACUCGAUCAGAAGAACAGAUCAAGGACAUUCUCAGUGAGGCCAAAAACUGCACAAUAGGUGAAGUAGGCUGUCUUGGGGUGGCCAUCAUUGGAGAUGUUGUAGUAAAAAAUUCCACAUAUGAUAAAGAAUCGGUAUGCAACAAUGCUGGACUUGAUAAGAACUUGAGGCCAUACUACCAUGCAGCUGAAAUAGACGGGCAACUUGUUUGCAUCUCUCCAUGUGUCUUAGAACACAACAGUUCAAAAAACUGCAACGACGGCACCUGUAGAAUGUCACAUACCGGACCGGUCUGCAGCUGUAACAAGGCCUACUGGUAUCUAGACUCGGAUUGUUAUGGUCCUAUCCGGAAGACGGACCUCUUGGCUGGAUUACUGACUCUAGCAGGACUGGUCAUAGCAGCAGUGGUCGUAAUGGUGGUCUAUGUGAUCUGGCAUAGACGACAAGCCCGCAGGUUCAAAGAUGUGCAUACAGAACAGGUGAACGAGUGGCUGGAGGAUGACUUUGAAUGGCCCGACAGGACGACCAACUUGGUUGGUUCAUGUAGUUCCACAGUCCUAACCGAGCAAAAUCCCAACCUACCGUAUGGUGGCCGAGUUGGCACCCAGUAUAGCUCUGAAGGAGAACCCUCAACUUUAUCCGAUAAUGCAAGCCUGCCGUCUCACUCCCAUGGAACACACGCUCAGGGGUCUGGGAACCCCUAUCGUGACCACAGUUCUUGGGAGGAUAGAAAUGCUAAUGAAGACCAACAAGCACGACCUGAACAUACUACCUCUUCCUCAAGGCAGCCUUUGACACAGAGUCACCCAGACCAUCAAACACAGUUUAAAAUCAGCAGACCGCAGAUAAAGACUUACUCUGAUGCCUAGUGGAACAUCAACUGGGCAGAAAACAAAUAAGACGAACAUCAGGAU